UUUCAGUCACAUUUCAGUUACAAAACCGUUCAAACCACAAACAGUUCCUUAACUUCCUUAAUUUUCCAUUUUAAGCGAAAUUUUUUUAGUACGAAAUUAUUUGCUGAGUUUAUUAAUUAAUGCAAUGAUGAAUGUCCUAGCGAAGUUGGAGGAGGUCAACAAGAAGCUGAACCUGGCGGCCUGGUACACGGCCAUGUCGGUGGGGCAGGAGAAGCUGUGCGUCAGAAUGCACAACAUCCUGCGGGACGACUACGAGCAGGGAACGGGACACAACAUGUACCAGGCGCUGCUCACCCUGGGCCUUAAGCCGGUGAUAUCCAAGGACAAGAUUAGCCGGAUGGUCCAGCUGAGCAGGAACAACGUCCUGGCGUUCCUGUUCUUCGUCUUGGAGGGGUACUACAAGACCUGCCACAAGGACGGCGUGUUCAGCGUCAACGAGAAGCUUCUGAUGAUCGCCAUUGCCAAGAUUGACUUCCUGCCCACGGUGCGGGCGCUGAACGCCAUCCUGCCGGAGGCGAGGCCCAGUCACUUGGACAUGAAGCGCCUGGAAGCAGAGAAGCGCAAGUCUGAAGCACCGAAACUGAAGUCAAUCUCCUCGGCUGAAUCGCAGCCGCCGAAAUUCCAGAUGCGAAAGCAGAAGUCGCCAUACUUUAUGUCCCAACCAAAGCCCGUGCAGAGAAUCUCCAAGCUGUCCACCACUCUCCCGGACUUCGUGGUGGGCUUCAAGUUCUGGCCCAUCAACGGGCCGCCCAACUACGGCAAGGAGGAGGACUCGCCCUGGUUCGCCGAGUACCACCUCAAUCCCGGCCAGCGUCUGAUCAAGCAGACCAUUGACGAGACCCUCGAGCGAUACUUCAAGCUGGGUCAGGUGGAGAAAAAGAGCCACGACGAGGCGACGGAGGGGGAGAAGAGCUCCGAGGGGAACUUGUGCCUUGUCCAUAGAGGCCUGGUGGUGGAGUCGCAGAUCCUGCGGGACGAGCUGGCAGUUAAGGCCCGCGACCGCUGCCUGGAGCUCAUCGACGUCAGAGAGCCGUACGCCAAGCUCCGCCGUAAGCGGAUCCUGGACCAGCUGGAGCACGACAUCGACAUCAUCAUGGAGCGCCAUCGCAGGGCCAUGCGCUGUGACCAGACCAAGGUGAUGACCAUCGACAACUUGAACUGCAUCCUGUGCCAGCAGAUACUUGUAUCGCAGCCCUGGCCAGAGCCCGGCGUGAAAGUGGGGCGGGCCUUGGUGGGAGACGAUCUAGACAUGGCCCACACGGCGGCUACGGACACGUAUCGAGGCAGAAGGCUCGAAGGCGGUGGAUGCGGAGAUGUGGACAAGGUACACACAGAGGCCACGGACACAUAUCGGGGUAGCAGACUCGAGGGUGGCGGAUGUGGUGAUGUGGAGAAGGUCCACACGGCGGCCAUGGACACGUAUCGGGGCAUAAGACUCGCGGGUGGCGGUUGCGGCGGCGGCAAGAAAAAGGAUCCCAAGAAGGGGAAGGGUAAGGACAAGGACAAGAAAAAGAAGAAGAAGAAGGAAGAGCCCCCACCACCGGAGCCGGAAAAGAAGAAGAGACCCGUGAAGAAGGAGCCGCAAUGGAAGCCACCCCCACGCAAGUUGGUCAGCGGAACAUUCCGGAUGGCGGACAUUGAUUUCACAAAGAAGUCCGAGCGGUGCCAGGCACCGCGGCAAGUGUCGGAGUGUUCGCUGCCGCCGGCGCCCAAGAAGACGGCCAUCUCGUUCUUCCUGGCUCCGGGGAAAAUCGAUGCGAAGGGCCGUGAGUGCGAGAUGCGGUUCUCCAGCAAGCGGACCAAGAAGAAGUUCUUCCGCGGAACCCGUAGUAACAAGCCGUACAUAUUCAAGUAUCAGCGCGUCUUUCAAUCCGGCCAGCCGAAGCCCUUCGACCUGGACCGGAUUCUGUGCACGUCGUUCGUCAAGGCGUUGGAUAAGUCGGACUCCGACGGAUCGGGAGAAUGCGGCUACGAUUGCCUGGUAUCGGAGAUAAACAUCGAGCACGAGAUACCACCCGAAUACGAUGCGGACGAGGCGGAGGAAGAAGCGAACGACCAGGCAGACGCGGAAAACCAACGGCUGCCCGACCUCUUCGACCCGUUCGCGCCGGAAAUGACCUCGGACAGCCGGAGCACCCUGGACCGCUCCAGCGAGCACAGCCAGCGGAGUCACGUCGACCACAAGGCGGAGAUCGUGGAGGCGGUGGUGCGAUGUGCCAAGGCCAUAUUCAAGAAGCAGGAGAUGAUCAAGCGGGCCGAGAUGGAGCGGCAGGAGCGCCUGACCCCGCGCAAGGCCCUCAUCUACAAGCCCGGCGAAAAGUUCGAUCCCGACAACGCCGAACAGAUGGACAAGCUCCUUAAGGACGGCCUGCACCAGCUGAGCAAGGACCAGCGCUACGUCCUGGCCAGCCUGCCGGACUCCCACAAGAUCCCGCAGAUGCGCGAGUGGAUAAAGCGGCGCUUCGGCAAGGUCUAUACCCAAAAGGAGCUGGAUGCCAGCCUGGACGAGGCCAAAAAGAUUUUCGAGAUGGUAACCCUCGUGCAGGACAAAACUCCUGAUCCCGACCUGAUGGGCAUGGACAAGCUGAAGCGGGAUCAGGAGAACUUUAACUACUACAAGGGACUCAAGAAACUGGCCAACAAGAUCAAGCUGACCUACUUCGACGUCCUGAACUCCAACUAUAUGGCCAGCCUGAACCCUGCUUGGUACGCGAUGGGCAACUACCUCGUGCCGGGUGGACCGCCGCGCCAGACCUUUUUCUCCUACAUGGCCUCGAAUCCGCAGGAGAUUAUGCGGGCCAAGGUCUGGUCCGGGCAGUACCGGGACUACCGCCAGCUCCGCUACAAUAGGACAGAGGCGGCUCGCAAGGGCAAGUGAUAGACACAGAAACAGAAUCAGAAAUAAAUGCGAUUAAGUGUUCA